UACUAUCGCUAUUGAUGAUUCUUUUAUUCAUUUAUUUAUUCAAUUGUCGUUGUAUUAUUAUUAUAGGUAUAUAAAAACAUGUAGAUACUCGCUAUUAUGUAAUAAAUAAAUAAAUAUAUGCAUACAUAUAUAUUUAAUAUAUAAAUUGUAGCCCUCUUUAUCUCGUUAAAAAGAAUUACAAUUCAUAACUGAACGAUUGGAAUCUUUGUGAAAGAACUAGAGAAUACAUCAACUAUUGUAAGCACUUAGUAUUAUGGGUGUGUAUUGAUGAACUAGUUAGUUGCUUAUAUCAUAUAGGAAAUAUUUUAAAAUGGUUUAUUUGUUAAAUAUUCUCUGAAACAGAAAUUUAUAAUUAUGUCAGUUUCUGAGUAUACUAAGAGCAAUAAAAAUAUAGUAGAUGAUACACAUCCAUUAAAAUGUACAAUUCUCAAUACUAGAAAUACUAAUGGCUAUACGGAAUAUGUAAUAGAAGUUAUUCGUAUUAGUGCUGAUAAUUGUUCAUGGAAAAUAUUUAAACGGUACAGUGAUUUUGUUAAACUACAAAAUGCUUUAAAUAAAUAUUCCUCUAAAAUUAAUUUAGAGUUACCACCCAAAAAACUUAUUGGUAAUAUGGACCGUAAAUUAGUUAUGCAGCGGCAAGAUGCACUACAAAACUGUUUGAAUAUAAUAGUUGAAAACAUAAUGCUUGCAAAUACUUUAAUGGUAAGAAGUUUCUUAGAUCCAGAAACAUAUAAAGAUUAUUGCAAAGAUUUUCAGUUUCAAAAGGUUGGCAUGAUUCUUAGAGGUAAUAAAGAAUUUGAGUUAUUCAAAGAAUUGCCUAGUAUUGGUUGGCGUGUACGAAAAAAAUCAUUUUUAUCCAAGUGGAAAAAAGAUACAAAACAAGAAUUUUUACUAUCAUGGACUGAGUGUGGCCCAGAUUUAAUUUUAAGACAACAAGAUUUAAAUAGUGUUCUUAAAUCAAUUUCUAGUAUUAUUCACCCUCUUGUUGAUGUUCCUGUUGUAUUGCCGAGUCCUGAAGGAUUUACUUUAUCUAUUCAUAAUAUCCAAGUUGGAAGUUUAAGAGAUCUUCUUUAUCAAACAACACCAUUACAACCUUUUUUAAAAAAGUAUUGGGAUAUUUCUAAUCAUGUAUACUUACCAGAACAAACUGUGAUAUCAUAUGUGAAACAAAUACUAUUUGGAUUAAAAUUUUUACAUGAAAAUCGCAUACCCUAUGGUCAUUUACAUUCUGGUAAUGUGUUAGUCUGUGAUAUUGAAAACAUAAAAUUAACGGGUAUUGAAAAUAGUACAAUGGGUUUGUCACCUUAUUACCGUCCAUUUUUGGUAUGUCUUGGAAAAAAGCGUAUCCAAAGUUUAUGUGAUGUGGAUGUUUAUGGAUUUGGUCAUAUAUUAUAUGAAUUAACAGAAAACGAACCACUUUUGAGACCAUCUUGUGAACAUUUUUCUUUGAAAACUUCAAUUAAUUUUACCAAACAAUUAAAAAAUAUUCUAGCACCAUCUUCAUCUAAAUUACCUAUGCCUAAAGUGAAUACAGUAAUUACACAUUUAAAACAUGCAAAUAUAAUAGAAGAUGAAAAAGAUACAUCUUUUUUUAAAUGUAAGCUGCCAAAUGUUGUUAAAGAGCAAUAUACUAGAAUAUCAGAUCAAUGUAUGUCCAGAAUAUUUGAAGAUCAAAAGAAAAUAUCUUUAGAAAAACGCCAUAAAAAAAUAUAUAAAAUAAUUCAUGAGCCGGAUAAUCUUCCAGAUGAAACAAAGUCAAAAAAUUUUGAAUUUUAUUCAAUUAAAAGUGUAAAUGCAAAUGAAAAUACUGUUAGAUCUGACAGUUCAAGUAGCAAUAGUACAAUUGCAUCGUUGGGUUCUGAUGUACCAACAAGUACAUCAGGUAAUAAUACUUUAGCAGUGAUACCAAUUCCACCUCCCCCACCAUCUUUAUUCACUUCAACAAGUAAUGGACAUGAGGAAAAUAAUCAGAGAGUUGCUCUUUUAUCAUCUAUUAGCUCAUUUGAUCCAAGUAAAUUAAAGAAAGUUGCCAAAAAAAUUACAUAUUAACUUUAUUUCAUAGAAAUUGUUCGUUUUAGAGCCAAUUUUUAAUUGAUCCUAAAAUUUGUUCUAAUGGUAUUAGAAAAACUGAUAAAAGUUGAAUACUUUAAUUUCUAAAAAAUAAUAUUUGACAAAUGAUAAUGGUGAUUAUGAAAUAACUUUAGUGUUGAAUUUCGUCAAGUAUUUUUUUUCCGAAGAAAAUAAUUAAAAAUUACAAUUUUUAUGAAUACCUUUAAAUAUUGAAAUAGAUGCCCAAAUUUCUCUUUAAUCAUUUA